AUGGCCAUGUUAGCUUCAAAAACCGCCUUCCCGGCUCCCCUGAUCUCGAGCAACUCCAACAUCUCCUCGUCAUCCGGACAAUCUUCCACCAUACAAUCAACUCGAAGGGCUCCAGCCAUGAUGACCUCGAAUCAAUCCUUUGCGAGCCCGACCGAGUCUGAAUUCUCCGACAGCAUGGAAGGCCCCGAAUCUGCCAAGAACUGGGACGAAGCCCGUGUUGGUGCAUGGUUGCGCAGCGUCAACUGCGGCGACUACGAGAAGCUGUUCAUGAAGAACAAUAUAAAUGGCGAGAAUCUUUUGGAGAUGGACAAGGCUGUGCUUCAAGAAAUGGGCAUCGAGAAGAUUGGAGAUCGCGUUCGUUUGUUCCUUGGUAUCAAGAAGCUGAGAACGAAAGCCUAUGCCAACCAGAAGAAGAGGAAUAGAGAUUCCUUUGCUGGCCUGGACGCAUACACACCCUCAUCAUCCGGUUCACCCCGUCCUCCCAAUUCUGGUCGGGCGAUGCCGACACCUCCUGCCAAUAAGAGAUAUUCUAGACAGUUUGACGGCUUCAAUCCUUCAGCUACCAUCCUAGAGAAUGCCCCCAAGCCCUCAUCAAGGCCGAAUUCGCCUCUGCAAACCGCCGAAAUCAGAGCCGUACGACAACGAUACGGUGUAAUGAGCCCUGCUGAAGUGGCUAGACGAGAGAAUGCACAAGGCUACUUCAAUAAUUCCAGUGUGCCAUCGAGUGCCGCAACAAUUAGUGGUCGACAUCCUGGUACCCCCUCGGAUUCCCAACCACAGACAGCCCGAUUAAUUAACACUCACGCGCGAGGGACCGGCAGCAUCGACGGCUCUUUGAUGGCCCAGUUGCCACAGGAUCAAGGCAUGAUAAGAGUCAUCUCAUCGGGAGGAUUAACAAAAGUCGUCAGGGUGGCGGAUUGUACCUCGACGGACGAGGUUAUGAGGUUAACAUUGAGGAAGUUUGGUUAUCGUGAAGACCACGACCGAAAUUACUGCUUCUGGGUUCUUACCGGGCUAGAGGCAGAUCCCAGCCAAUGUCGACGUUUGUCGGAGACUGAACUAUGGCGUGUUAUCAGAGAAUCCAAACCGGAGAGAAGCCGUCUCAUCUUGCGAAAGAUCCAUCAAGGGGAGCCAGGUGAUGCCGAGCUCCAACGUGCCGCCGCCAUUGCAAUGGAGGAGGUUACUACCAACCAUACCCGGGCUCUUGAAAGCGCGGACAACAAACGAAGCCAGCUCAAGUUGGCGAAGGUCCUUGGCGAAAGCUGGAGCGACAGUUUACAGCACCCUCUAUCACCUGCAUCAUUUCAAUCCACCAAUUCAGCCGUGUCCGCUGGCGAGCGAGCGCGCAACUUCUCCAUUGCCGCCAAAGAUCUUGAAGGACCACCUCUGGAGCAACAACCACGGGAUACUACCAGGUAUAAGACUAAGAAGGCUGUACUUCGACAGUUCUUCGGCCAGAGACCCCCAAGUGAAUUGAUCACCUCGGAUUUGACGACGUACUUCCCAGAUCACCCCCGCGAAGAGAUUGAUCGAACUGCUCGGCUUUCCUUACGCAGAUCGACCCGCCUAAGCAAAGUAAAUAGUCGUCUGAGUGUUGCUAGCAACUUCAGCUUUGCCUCAAGCAUAGCUGAUGCCCCGCCCAUGCCAACAAUUGCCGACACCUGGUUAAAUGGAAAUGGUAGCCAUCUUGCGAAAGUAAAGCCGAAUGACCUCUCGCGAGGUGGAAGCAACCGCUAUAGAGACUCCACGGCAUCUUCAUUGCUUGAGCGUGUCCAAGAGGAGUCGCCGAUUGAGCCAAACCGAAAAUCUUAUGUCUCGUUCGACAGCGGAUCGGACACAACAAACGUGAAUGUUACCGAUCCAGACGGCAAUACACAAAGCUACUUCGAUGAGGCUAGCACCGAGGCUAGUGGCUCAUUGAGAGAUAUUAAGGAAGCCCUAGAUGAUGAUGGAGAGGAUGCUGAUGAGGAGCUGCAGAGCUUCUUGGCAGGAGACUCGUGGGAUGAUAGCAAGUGGAUGAAAGGAGCGCUUAUCGGUCAAGGUUCAUUCGGUAGUGUCUAUCUAGCUCUUCACGCGGUUACCGGAGAGCUUUUAGCUGUCAAGCAAGUCGAAACCCCAUCACCUGGAGCAAAUAGUGCUACUGCUGCUAGGAAGAAGAGUAUGAUCGACGCUCUCAAGCGUGAGAUCAGUCUCUUGCGGGAUCUCCAACAUCCUAACAUCGUGCAAUACCUUGGAGCGAGCUCUUCCGCCGAGCAUCUCAAUAUUUUCCUCGAGUAUGUUCCUGGUGGUUCCGUCCAAACGAUGCUCAACUCAUAUGGAGCCCUUCGGGAACCCCUUAUUCGCAACUUCGUCCGACAGAUUGUCACUGGCCUUGCAUACCUCCAUGGCCGAGAUAUUAUUCACCGAGAUAUCAAGGGUGCCAAUAUCCUGGUUGACAACAAGGGUGGCAUCAAAAUCUCCGAUUUUGGUAUCUCUAAGAAAAUGGAAGCUUCGAACAUCUUGACUGGAGCUGGAAACAACAAGAAUCGACCGUCCCUUCAAGGUUCGGUCUUCUGGAUGGCGCCGGAAGUGGUGAAGCAAACCUCUUAUACCAGGAAAGCUGACAUUUGGUCGCUCGGAUGCCUCGUCGUUGAGAUGAUGACGGGAACUCAUCCUUUCCCCGAUUGCUCGCAGCUUCAGGCGAUCUUCAAAAUCGGUGGAGCAAAGAUCAGCCCGACCAUCCCGGACCACGCUAGCGAGGAUGCAAAGACUUUCCUGGCGCAGGCUUUCGUGGUGGAGCAUGUCAAGAGACCCAGCGCUGAAGAGCUGCUGUUCAGUCCCUUCCUCAAUGCCAUCACCUAA